AAAAGAAAAUCUUACGCUGUCACCGCCAGCCUCACCAUCAUCACCAAAUCCCCUUCGUGUAAUACGGUGUGCGUGUAACCAUCUUGUAAUACGCUGUCACCGCCGGUUAUAUUUUACACCAUUGCGAAAUCCUGUUCAUCAUCAUCUGAGUGCUCGUUUCCAUUGUUGAUGAAGAGAUGACCGGAAAAUAUGGAUCAAUCCGACAGAGUUUUCUGGAUCAGAACAGGGAACAACUCUUAUCUCGUAAGGGCCAUUCCGAUUUCGGCCUGCACGGCAACGACGACGCCGGUGCCGAUGACGAUGCCAAGUGUCGGUGUUUCUGUACCGUUUCCGAUGCGAUCACCAACUUUUGGAAAGGCUUACAUGAUACUACCGUCAAGUUGUGCGACAUGAGCCGCUCCGAUCCCCGCAAAUUCUACUUCGCCGCGAAGAUGGGGUUGUCGCUUGCGCUCACUUCGCUCCUCAUUUUCAUUCGAGAGCCUUUGAAAGAAGUAGCCCAGUAUUCAAUCUGGGCCAUCCUCACCGUCGUCGUUGUUUUCGAAUUUAGCGUUGGGGCCACGCUGAAUAAAGGGUUCAAUCGUGCAUUGGGGACACUUUCAGCCGGUGGACUUGCUCUUGGUAUUGCAGAGAUAUCUGUCUCGGCUGGGGAGUUUGAAGAAGUUGCAAUCGUAAUCAGUAUAUUCCUUGCAGGGUUCUUUGCAAGCUAUUGUAAAUUGUAUCCGCCGAUGAAGACGUAUGAAUAUGGGUUCCGGGUAUUUCUGUUGACAUUUUGCAUCGUGUUGGUAUCUGGAAGUUCGUCGUCAUUUUUCCAUACGGCUUUUUAUCGAUUAUUGCACAUCGCCGUCGGUGCUGGCAUGUGCUUGGUUGUGAAUAUAUGUAUAUACCCCAUUUGGGCAGGGGAGGAUCUGCACAAAUUGGUUGUCAAAAAUUUCAAAAAUGUUUCAUCUUCUUUGGAAGGUGUUGUUAGUGAAUACCUUCAGUGUGUGGAAUAUGAGAGAGUCUCUUCGAAAAUUCUUACAUAUCAGGCCUCUGAUAACCCUAUAUAUAAUGCUUAUAGAUCCGCCGUGCAGUCCUCAAGCCAGGAGGACACAUUGUUGGACUUCGCCCGCUGGGAGCCACCGCAUGGCCCUUACAAGACAUUCAAGUAUCCAUGGCAUAACUAUGUCAAAGUGAGUGGCGCUCUUAGGCAUUGUGCUUUUAUGGUUAUGGCAAUGCACGGCUGUAUUCUUUCAGAAAUCCAGGCUCCACCAGAGAAGAGAAAGGUGUUUGCAAAGGAGCUUCAGAGGGUUGGCACUGAGGGAGCUAAGUUCUUACGUGCGCUUGGAAGUAAAGUAGAAAAGAUGGAGAAAUUGAGCUCAGGUGACAUGCUUUUCGAUGUUCAUGACGCCGCAGAAGCUUUACAAAUAAAGAUUGACGAGAGAUCGAAUAUGCUGGUGAAUUCAGAUAGGUGGAGAACUGGAAAACAGCACAGGGAACAAGAAGAACCCCAACAUUUUAUUGAUGUCAAAGAUGAUCAUAACAAACAGUUGGUAAUCGAUUCCCUGAACGAGACCAUGUAUGCUCAACACUCGAGCAUCGGCGUCCACCCUCCCAUGACAGAAUGGGUAUCCACUGAUAAUGUCUUUAACAAACACCUGGUUUCAUGGCCACGUCUUUCAUUUUUAAUGGAUACCGUGCCUAAUGAACGAGAGUCGAAAGUACAUGAAAGUGCAAGCUCCUUGUCUUUGGCAACAUUUGCUUCGCUUCUUAUUGAAUUUGUGGCAAGGCUGCAAAAUCUCAGGAAUGCAUUUGAAGAGCUCAGUGAGAAGGCAAAUUUCAAGGCGCCAGAGGACUUAACAAUUAAAAAGGACGGACUAGAUUGUUAAGAUUGGUUGGCAUCAAGAAUUGAGGCAUGAUAGGAUGCCAUGCCAUGUCACACUUGGCUCACUAAUGCACCUUUCAUACAGUGAUGGUCGAAUUUGCCGCAAGCUAAAACAAAAGUUUGAGAUCUCAGUUUGGUUAACCUAUGCUGUCUUGAUGGACUCGUCCUCUGUAUAAGGUCGAUUCGGGUCAUCGGAAAUGUCGUACUUGUGCCUUGUUCAUCAAAGCUGUUGGGGCCAAGGAUUAGGUUUAGUGUGGCUGUGGCAUGAUAUUGUUUUUAUUUUGCCUCUAGAUGAUAGCUAUGAGAGGGGGAUUGUGUAGUACAUUUAUGAUGCAAACAGCAUCACUCCAUAUUCUUUUGUGCUUUUACCAGCCGUUA